CUGGGGACGCCUCCAGCACUUAGCUCUGGACUGUGGAAUGUUUCCACAUAAGAUCUAUAUCUAGAUCUAGAUUUGGUUCUAUAUAAAUUGUUCUUCAGUCAUUUUUUAACAGCUUUAAUCGACUUGAGAUAGUGGUAAAGAAGCUAUUUAGGACUGACUUUUUCCAAUGCAGUAGUACCACUAGGACUAUGCCUGUCUAGUUCACCACCCGUUUCCCCCCUAACAUAUUCCCUCUGUCAUCCUGCGUCAACAAAACGCUAACAGGCAGCUUCAAAGGAAGUGUCUGUGACAAUAGAGACAAUUCAAUAAAGGCUGCCUGGCUGGAUGAGAACAGUCAGACAUGAGUGAAUUUCUCAGUGCAGAAUUUGUGGAGCGACACAUCGUCUCUCUUCCCAACCAACUUAUUCCUGAGCCAUGGAAUCUGGAGAGACAUGGAGUUUUUUACACUCUGGACUUGAAAAUGUGCCAGUUGAAAACUUUUGACUUCGAUUUCAGAUGGGGAGAUGACAGUGUGCCAGCACCACGGCUUUCUUCUGUCCUGGAAACCCCAAGCAAAAUUGUUCGCCUGGAUGUCUCGUUGAAUGAGUUAACUUCCCUCUCUCAUGAUGGGCUUCUCCCUUUCCGCAACCUACGAGCUUUGGACGCUUCACUGAACCAGCUCAAAUACUUCCAGGGUGUGGAAGUGUUGCGUAACCUGUACAGCCUGAACCUAUCCCACAACAACCUGCGGAACGUGGAUGGGUUGUUACAGAGCCAGUCGCUGGGAGAGUUGAACCUCAGCAACAACAACAUCAGUGACAUCUCUGCCAUCCCGAGCCUUGUCAACCUACGUGUCUUCAACAUCAGCAAUAACAAAUUGGAAAAUCUUGAAGGAGUCUCUUCUUUUCCACGUCUUGAGGACAUCAAUGCAAGCAAUAAUUUACUGAGAGAAUUGGUCCCUCUCACAAGUUGUCUCCAGCUCCGAGUGGUCACUGCCUCAAACAACAGGGUUAAGGACCUGGACUCUGUGCUCCGACUGGUUUCCCAGCAACGUCAUAUGCAAGUUCUCAACCUCAGUUAUUUCAGGGCAAUGGAAAGAGAUCGCACAUAUCAGUCGGAUAUUCUGAGAGCUGCCAACCUCAUGACCCUCGACAAUGUUUCAGUUCGACCUAUGCCUCCUGAGGCGGAAGAUCGACAGCGACAUGCUGGAAACAUGAACACUCUACAAGGUGCUGCCAAGCAAGCUUUUGAUGAGAGAAUGAGAGUAGCUAAAGACAGAAUGGAGGAAAAUAUAAGCUUUUUACAGAGAAGGAUCCUGUCAAUUCAGAAUGAGUACAAGGAAUUUGAAGCAAAACUUAAGGCAGAUCUCGAAGCUUGUUUACGCUACCUUUCAUCCCUGAGCGAUGCAGAACUUGCCUCGGGCGGCCGUACAACCAUCGGGGCGACACUGCCACCAGGACAAAGCUUCUAUGAGCCUCCAGAUGCUGACACAUACAGAUCUCGAGGAACUCGGAACGACCGCGUUGCAGACUCCAAGGCUGACUACAGUAAUGUCCGGGAGACGGAUGAGCUUCUGCGCUGUGCUUUCAAGGAACUGGCUAAACAGAAAGACAAAAGUAUGCACAUCUGACCACAUUUGUACACACCAAACCAAGGCCUUGAUUUUCAAGACCUGUCUGCAGUUUUGGAGUCUGAGCUGUGAAGACAAAGAUGGAGGAAAUAACGUGGAUCGGUGUGGUCUGAAUUGAUCUCUGCUAAUGUUGAAAAACUAUAUGGUGGGUGCAUAUAUUGUAUAUAUAAGAAUAUGUAAUUCUAGCCAUUUUGGUUUAUAAUCAGAGCUGCUGAGAACCCAGCUGGUUACAAUUGUAGCGCUUUGUUGAUGCAUGUUGAAAUCUUCCUAAAACCUUAGAGUAAUCGGUUCACUGUCUUUCAGGUGCACUUAACAGUCUUUGAUUUUCUUUGUUUCUAUUGCUGAAGGAUUUUAUAGGUGCAGAGGAAACGGAAUAAAACAUUUUGUCAGCAGCAUUCUCCAAUCGCCCAAAUCAGUUUCUGUUUUUAUUUCAGGUAAAAUUCCUGAAAAAAGCCAUUGGUUAAGGGUGAAUUAUAAAGCAGAAAAACCAAAAAAACUGUGGCACUGUGGAAUGAAGCUGACAAUUUGUAAAACAAACAAAAACCUAUUAUGAGCUAAUCACCUCUUCCAAAGCAAAGAUUUGUGAUGGUUUCCUCUGAUUGGAUUUAACUGGAUCAGUGGACAGUCAUGGAAGCUUCAAAGAAAAUGAACGAAAAGGUUUUUAUUGUAAAUUUGAACCUGUUCGUUUAUUAACAUUGUGAGGCAGCGCGGUGGAAUCAGGCUCUCGUCAAUUUUUGGGCAUGUAGAGUUAUUGGUAUCAUCGUAAA